CGGCCCGGCGGGGGCGGGGCCGGGGCGGGGCCGCCGCUGGCUGCCGCUUCCUCUGCAUGUGGCUCCGGGCUGCAGAGCAGUUCCGUUCGCGCACUCCCUGCCGUCCGCCUCUCCCCCGGGCUCUCCUCGCGUCACCGGAGCCAUGGCGCUGGCCGAGACCCACCCGGCAGCAUCCUCCCUGCCCAACGGCGACUGCGGCCGCCCCAGGGCGCGGCCCGGAGGGAACCGGGUGACGGUGGUGCUCGGCGCGCAGUGGGGCGACGAAGGCAAAGGGAAGGUGGUGGAUCUGCUGGCGCAGGACGCGGACAUCGUGUGCCGCUGCCAGGGAGGAAAUAAUGCCGGCCACACAGUUGUUGUAGAUUCCGUGGAGUAUGAUUUUCAUCUUUUACCCAGUGGAAUAAUUAAUCCAAAUGUUACUGCAUUCAUUGGAAAUGGUGUGGUAAUUCAUCUACCGGGAUUAUUUGAGGAAGCAGAAAAAAAUGUUAAAAAAGGAAAAGGUCUGGAAGGCUGGGAAAAAAGGCUUAUCAUCUCUGACAGAGCUCAUAUUGUGUUUGAUUUUCAUCAAGCAGCUGAUGGCAUCCAGGAACAGCAGAGACAAGAACAAGCAGGAAAGAAUUUGGGUACCACCAAAAAGGGCAUUGGCCCAGUUUAUUCUUCCAAAGCUGCUCGGAGUGGACUCAGGAUGUGCGACCUUGUUUCUGAUUUCGAUGGCUUCUCUGAGAGGUUCAAAGUUCUGGCAAACCAGUACAAAUCUAUAUACCCCACUUUGGAAAUAGACAUCGAAGGUGAAUUACAAAAACUCAAGGGUUAUAUGGAAAGAAUUAAACCAAUGGUGAGAGACGGAGUGUAUUUUCUCUAUGAGGCCCUCCAUGGACCGCCAAAGAAAAUCUUGGUAGAAGGUGCGAAUGCAGCACUUCUGGAUAUCGAUUUUGGAACUUAUCCUUUCGUGACCUCCUCAAACUGUACAGUUGGAGGUGUUUGUACUGGACUGGGUAUGCCCCCUCAAAAUGUUGGAGAAGUGUAUGGGGUUGUGAAAGCUUACACAACUAGAGUUGGUAUCGGUGCCUUUCCUACAGAGCAAGACAACGAAAUUGGUGAAUUAUUACAGACACGGGGUGGAGAGGUUGGUGUGACUACUGGAAGGAAAAGAAGAUGUGGCUGGUUGGAUCUCGUUUUGCUUAAAUAUGCUCAUAUGAUUAACGGAUUUACUGCGUUGGCACUUACCAAAUUGGAUAUUUUGGACAUGUUUACAGAAAUUAAAGUUGGAGUUGCCUACAAGUUAGAUGGUGAAAUUAUACCUCAUUUCCCAGCAAACCAAGAGAUCUUAAAUAAAGUUGAAGUUCAAUAUAAGACUCUUCCAGGAUGGAACACAGACAUAUCAAAUGCAAGGACGUUUAAAGAGCUGCCUGUUAACGCACAAAAUUACGUUCGAUUUAUUGAAGAUGAGCUUCAGAUUCCAGUUAAGUGGAUUGGUGUAGGGAAGUCCAGAGAGUCUAUGAUUCAACUCUUCUAAGGAUUUCCAAUUACACAAGAAACACUCCUUGAGAAGGGGGCAAAGGACUUUCUUAAUUGUGUCAUUAUGAUCUACAAACUUCAAGAAUAAAGACAUUGACGUGCUUUGUAAGCCCUAUAGUUGUUUCCAGUCUUUAAGAUGGAUGGCUGGUGUGGAGGUAAGCUUCGGCAUAUUCCAGUGUCAACUUCCUUGGCUGGCACAAUUGCCGAAAUCAUCUGUUGCUCCUGCUGCUCAUGGUGCCACAUUUUCUUUCAUGUUUAGUAAUAGUAUAAUCCAUGUUGUUUGAAACCCAAAAUAGAAUGACUUUCAAUGUAGUUUUUCUUUAUUAUCGUCCUUGUGUGUUCAUAGGUUUUACCUCUAUUAAAUGGUAAGAACAAUUAAUGCAGUUUUGCACAAAUAUUUUUACAUUCUGAUUUUUCAGUUCUGUCAUUGUAACCUUUGCUGUUAGAAAAAAGGAUAAGAGAGGAGUUCUGUAAACUUUUGUAAUGCUAUGAAUUCUGUUUAAAUUGUGAACUGUUUAUUUUCUGCUAAGACCAUUGCGAAUUCGAGCUUUGGCGGGGGGAGGGUGAUAUAUUCAUGGGUCCUUUAAUUUGUACAGAACACAAAACUUAUUUCUCUCUAUAAAUUAUUUAAUACAUUGAACAAAUGUUCAAAGAGAUAAGGUGUUCACUAAUACAGUACUUUUAAUGUUAAAAAAAUAGUCAUUAAAAGAUCUAUUGUGAUAUUUGGUGAAUAUUUUCUUCAAUAUCAGAUAUUAAAUCUGAAAUGAAUUGGUUUCCUGUUUUAUCUUACCAUUAUUUUAAAUCUGUGCAUUGUUUUUUCAACAUUGUGCCUGCCAGUAUGCCUACAAAAUCAUCUGUGAGUGUCCAAAUGAACCCAAAUUGUUGGUCAUGCCUUUAUUUCUCUUUUCUUGGGAAAAAAAUAAAAAAUAAAAAAGAGGUGUUAUUUUAACAAUUAGGCUUAACAUAUUGUGUUGUAGAUUAUCCUUCAGUGAACUAUCUUGAAUGUUAAAUUAGGUGCCACUUAAAUUUAUUUUAUUAUUCCAUCAAUAGCUGAUUAAAAAGAACCAGAUAUUUCUAGUA